CUGCUGACUAUCGUCACUGCCUCAGCCAGCUUCGCCCUCUUUCCCGCUCUUGCUUCUACCUACCCCGCCUUCUCCACGCCCACAUCCGCCGACUCGACUCGACUCGACUCGACCUCUCUGCAUGCGCCUUCGCCAUCUUCUCUAAGCCAUGAACAACCAGAGGCGCCAUGGUCGCCCAGACGAAGAGCUUUUCCUGGGCGGCGGUUCUUCCAGCGCUGGCCCAGGAACCCCGACUGUCGGCCCGCUGAGGAUAAACAAGGCUGCUUCACCUCCGCCGCGCGCAGGCUCCGCUGGCAGCUUGGUUGAAGGCAUAUCGCGCCCUCCGCCUGUCCCAAAUUAUCCCGCCCCGCCGACGAACCCGCCUACAGGGCCUUUGCCCUAUCCCGACGACGGGCUGCGCCAACAAGCCGCUGCAGGACGGCGCGUAUACACACCUUUCUCUGAUCACGAGAGAGGCUCAAAAAACUCCACUCCUGAAGGUGGAUAUGGACAUCCUGGGGGCUCAGCAGCUUCUGGGUCUCCGCGCACAAGGUUCGACGCGAACGACCCAAAUAGACCAACGGUGUCUGGUUAUGCAUACCCGCCAUACCCAGUCGAGGAGGGACGUGCAGGAGCUUCUUCUGCUAGGCCUGCGGACAGGCGCGCCACACCCAAGCCGCUGCCGGAAUCUCCUGGGCCGGAGACGCCAGAGAAGGAAGAUGACUUCUUCCAGAAAGCGCCGCAGCGCAUGCGCUCGCCAAUAGAGCAGCAGAGCCAGCGUCCUACAGAAGCGGCACCAAAUCCGAACCCUUACCCCGAUUACCACCAACAAUAUUGGCCGCCUCCAAAGCCAACCACAUCUCCACAACAGAGCCAAACGCUCAGAAUCCCGAAUCCCAGUGGCGUUAAUCGUUUAAGCUCAACCGCGUCGACUUCUACAACAAGAGCUCAGAGGGGCUCGCCACCUCCUCCAGAAACACCCAUUGGCGAUGUUCCUCCUGGAGGUGGCAUCGAAGCUAGAUACGCAGCAGCCGGAAUUGCGGGUCCUUCGACGCUAAACAACCUGCAGUCGCAGAAUACGGCGGCAGCGCAGCGUGCCGCACAAUAUGGGGGCUUGCCGCCUCGGACGGUAACAACCUCUCCUCAUCCGCAGCAACAGCAACCCCCAAGGAGGCCAUGGACGCCAACUGAAGCACCAGGCUCCGCUCCCCACGGACCUCCAACCGUAUACCAGGGCGAUUCACAGGUCCACCCUGCGUCUCAUCCACUGCCACAUCCCAUACAGAGCCCACCUCUGCAGCCGACAGCUGCACCUCUGCACCCGGCCGCUGCUCAGCCUGUAUCAGCGCAAGCUACUCCAGAUCUGGCUAAUCAAGCAUUGGAGAAUGACUUCCAGCGGAUGAAUAUGAACGAAGAGCCGCCGCCAGCUUAUUCGCCUCAGCCGGCUCAGGCACAAGGCUAUCCCAACGAGAAACGUCCAAGUACUACUCAGCCUGCACCAAAUACUGGAGCUGGGGCUGGUGCUGCUGUCAUGGCCGAUUCUAACCUACAGCAACAUCCAGCUUUCGCAAACGAUCCCCGCAUGCAGCAACCGCAACAACCGCUACAGCAACAGCAACAGAUGCAGCCAGGCCCUUCAUCGCAACAAGCACCAGGUGGCGGCUUGACCCCACUUCAGAUCCACCCAUACCAGCAAACCACUUCUCCGGGACCUGGGCCAGGCCCGGCAUCACCCCCACCACUUCCGGAAGGCUGGAUUGCCCACCUGGAUCCCAAUUCUGGCCAAUAUUACUACAUUCAUCUACCGACACAGUCUACCCAAUGGGAGUUCCCAAAGGGCCCAACUCCUCUUAGCCUGAGCGAACCAUUAUCACCCACCGGCACGUUUGUGAAUCCCCUGACAUCACCGGGCCUUGCAAGCACCUUCUCCAAACCGCUUGCCUCCCCCGGUUUCCCUGUGCAGCAGCACGCAACCUAUCCCGACAACAUGGCUGCUAUGGCUGGCCUUACAAGUCCCACUGCAGCAGGCUUCACCGGCCCCCCACCACAAGCCGGUGUCGAUAUGUACAAGGUUCAGCCCACGAACGGUGUGUAUUUUGGCCCUUACUUGAGGUACACAAACAUGGACAUUGAACGUGGACUGUGGCUCGGAUCCAUUCUACUGGUGACCGACGCGCCGCAACCACCAACAAUCCACAUCCAUCAGAGCGUCGAUCUUUCUCCCAAUCCUCGUCAAUUGAAGGCCAAUCCUAUCUUCAGCCACCAAAGGUGGGUUUUUUAUAGAUAUGAUAUCGACCUGAAGAUGGAGGAAGAUCAUGGUGCAAAAUGGACAUACGCCGUCACCUCGCAUUUAGGCUGCACUCGCUACGAGUUCUUAGUCGCCGGCCGCUACGAGACAAGUUGGCGCUUUAUUGCGCAUUCUGGCAAUGACUUCGCACUCAACGUUAGCGCCAACGAGCGUACUAGACUCGGUGGAGUGGGAUUCAUGUGGAAAGACAUCUUACAGAAACACAUUGAAUGUGGCGGCUUCCACGUCCAGCUUGGUUUGGGCGACCAGAUUUAUGCUGACCGCAUAUGGAAGGAAAUUCCCGUGUUAAAGCAGUGGACGGCGACUAGUGGCAAGGACAACAGGAAGAAUGCGCCGUGGACAGCGAAACACGAGGAAGAUGUAUCGCAUGCGUACUUCCACUACUACACGAGCCAUUUUGACCAGCCACACCUGAGAGAGGCGUUUGCGCAGAUCCCGCACGUCCUGACGCUGGACGAUCAUGAUAUCUUCGACGGAUUCGGCUCCUACCCAGAGUACAUGCAGUUCUCCAACAUGUUCAAGAACAUCGGCCGCAUCGGCAUUGAGAUGUAUUUGUUGUUCCAGCACCACACGACACUGGAGAUCUUGCGUAACGUCAACAACGACCAAGACCUCUUUACCAUCACUGGCACGGGCUGGCACUUUGUCAAAUACCUGGGCCCGGCCCUCGUCGUCGUGGGGCCUGAUACGCGCUCCGAGAGGAACCCACACCAGGUCAUGGCUGGUCCCACCUAUCAAGGUCUCUUCCCCAAAGUUGCGCUACUUCCGCCGAGCGUACAGCAUUGCAUCUGGAUGAUACCCGUUCCGCUCGUUUAUCCGCGCCUCGAAUCAUUUGAACACUUGGCCAAUACUAUGGCUACCGGCAAGAAGGCUGCUACUGGAGCGUUCAAUAUGUUGGGCAAGGUGACCAGCUCUGUUGCAGGCGUCGUUGGCGCGAAAGGCAUGGUAGGCGACGGCUUCAACUCUGUCAAGAAGGCGGUUGGCAAAUCAGGCUUGAUGAGUGGUAUUUUGAGUCCGUUCGGUGAGAUCGAUGUUCUUGAUGAACUGAGGGACCAGUGGACACACGAGUCAAAGGAUCUGGAGAGGACGUACUUAAUACGGACGCUGCAAGGCAUUGCUCAUAACAAGUCCCUCCGCAUGAGUUUCUUCUCGGGAGACGUCGGCUGCUGCGGCGCCGGCCUCGUCCACGACCCCUCUCGCUUGCAGGAUCACAAGACCAUGUACCAGGUCAUCGCCAGUAGCGUCGUCAACAGUCCACCAAGCAGCUACGUUUUGCGGAUGUUGCACAACAACAAGCCACUUUUCGUGCCAGCCAAUGGGCACCGCAGCAACAACAGCCCGUCAGACACUAAGGAAGAGAUGAUGGAGAUCUUCACCCAGGACGUCAACGGUGCGCCACGUGAGAUGCGGCGACUGAUGGGCCGGAGAAACUACGUCGCGUGCGUGGCCUACGACCCUGAGAUCGUCCACGGCACGUUUGGUCAGGCGGUGCCAGGCCAAGGCGGCGGGAAGCUGAGCAUCGCCGUCGACUUCAUGGUGCAGAACGAGGGCAUAUACGGCGCCCCAAUGAAGUACGGCCCGGUGGUCAUUCCGAGCCUGGAGUACGGGCGAUAAAGGACGGAUAGGCGAAGGCAUGAGUGAUGAUGAUGACUAGAACGACGAGAGCGGUGAUACCACUUUUUUGCUUUGAGAGUCGAUGUUUACUUAGCGUAGCAUUUGAUCCGAAUGGUUAGCUCUAGCAAUGGAGGAGAAAUUGAUACUCCUAGUGAGUGCG